AUGAGUUGGAAGUCAAUAAUUUGUCGUGCUGAGAACCUCCUUGGCGGUCGCUGUCCGGCUGUCGAUUUUUCCCUCCUUGGUAAAUCUGAAUCAAGUCUCUUUAUUGAGCGAAUUCGAAGCCUUUCUUCUAUGUUCGAUCACAAAAUUACCUCUGUUAUAUACACCGAGCUUGAAAAUAGUCCCCAUGACAAUUACCUCACGUUCCGUAAUUGGACAAAUGUGUUUUCCACAAAAAAAUCUGCCCCACGUCUUCCUUCAAGUAUGGUCAUUCCCCUCGUAGGACAAUGUGUUUAUGGUAGGGGUUCAAAUUCCCUGCAACUUCAUCGCAAAAUGGGAGAAAUUUUCGCUGUUAUCAAUCUAGCCAUUGCCUUGCACAGAUCCGUUGUUGAUCUAUCCGACCCCCACUUCCAGCAUCAUCAACGUAAUAAUUGUGCUUGGGUCAAGAAUAUGGAAUCAGGAAACAAAUUUGCCGUUUUAGCCGGUGAUAUUCUGUUAGCCAACUCAUCAGUUGAGUUGGCUUCUUUCAGAAUUCCUAAGGUUGUUGAGCUUAUAUCCGGUGCGAUUGCUGAAGCUGUUUGUGCGGAGUUCACCGAUCUUGCAACCGAUUCUACACAGUUGCUGACCGAUCCUUCUUCACAAUGGCUUGAUCAUGCAAAAUUACGUCAUGGUGCUCUUUUAGGUGAAUUUUGUGCUGCUGCAAGCCUUUUAAAUUCACCAUCGACUAAAAAUCUUGGUCGAAUUCAUAAAAUUGCUCGAGAAUUUGGCGUAAACUGGGCUUCACUUUCUCGCCUUCUUUCUGAGCUUGAUUAUAUUAAGGAAAUUAAGAUCGAUAAUCCUAGGCCUCCAAAGACUCUUACUUCUCUUGGAUUCACCGAUAGUGGUUUGCCAGAACCAACAUUGGCUGAUACUCUACUAGUGGCUUCCGAGGCUACCUCUUCCACCAUUUACGAUCAGUACAAAUCAAUGGCUUCGACAUUGGCAUGGCAAUUGGGAGACUCACUUUGGAGACUUUUGGAGGAAAGCAAGCCGAAUUCUGAUGUACACUCCCUUGCCAAAGAUUCAGUUGACCUGCUUGUGAAAGAAGCUUGCUGA